AUGAGUAGCCAAUCGAACCAAGUCCCAGAUGCUUGGGACCAGGACUGGGAGAACGUCGCAGAUGUAUACGAUGUGAAACUGAUGGAAUUUGUACGGAAACAGAGCCAGGGAUCUCCGUCUGCUGCUGAGCCGGUACCCGAGAAAAAGCUGUCCACGAGAGCUGCGAAAGCUCAGCGUCGAGCAGAACAUGCCGAAUUCAACAGGCAGCUAUGGGCUGAAGCUGAAACCCCGCAAACUUUCCACUUUCUAGAGUCUCGAUCGACCGUUCCUAUCAAGUCAGAAUACAAAGCGCCUAUGAAAGUGCUUGCACGGAAACCUCAGUCCGGCGGCAAUAAAUCGGCCUCGGGCCUGGAAGGUGGAGUUCACGGGCUAUCUAUCGGUGAUAACGGGGAUGACGACGACGACGACUUCGAAAGGAGGCCUGGACAGCUAACGUAUGAAGAGAGAGUUGCAAAAGCCCAGAAAGAGAGAGAGGAGAAGCAACGCAAGUACGAGGAGGUUCGAGAGAGGCUGUUUGGCAGUUCAACGCCAGGGUCAGGUAACUCGUCGCCUGGUAACGUCACACCCCCACGCCAGGGCCAGCAACAGCACCAGGGAGGCAGCGAGGGGAAGAGAAAAGGGCGAAAUAACCGAUCGAAUACAGGGGGAAAUCGAGAUGGUAAAGAGAGAAGGGAAAGGGAUAAUUCUAAUGCAUCUGGAAAGGCGUCGGGGCGGCUAUAUGACCCCAGUUACGCACCAAAGGCAAAUUCAAGCUAUCUUCAAAGAAAGGAGAAAGAGCAGACAUCGUCUGAACGGGAUAAAGAGCUACAAAGUCCUCUGGCCCAACACCAGACUCAACCGCAGCUACAACCUCAGUCUCCGGCGCCUCAGGUCCCCAUUCGGAGUCCCAGAGGGCCCGACCCGAGCGGGAGAGGCGGCUUCGGCGGCUUCCCUUCUCGAGGAGCAAGGGGUGGUUGA